GCAGCAGGUUUGGGGUUUUUCUGCACAAACAGGGUAGCUGGAGUUUGCUUCAAGGCAUCAAUUGACUUCUGUGAUCGUGGAGAUGCUGGCGUGAGGCCUUCAGGAGACGAUGGAGAAAAAAUGGACAUAUUGUGCUGUCUGUUCCAUCAUCCAGAUACAUUUUGUCAGGGGAGUAUGGGGAAAAGCAUCCAAUGAAGAAGACAUCUAUGCUUUCCCUGGCUCUGAUGUCAACUUGACCUGCCAAACAUGGAAGAAAGACUUGUUGGUACAGAUGCAAUGGUCCAAGGUCACUGACAAGUUGGACCUGAUUGCUCUUUAUCAUCCCCAAUAUGGCUUGCACUGUGCCAAUGACAGUCCCUGUGAAUCACUGGUGACUUUCACAAAAACUCCCAGAAAUGUGUCAAAAUGGACCCUGCACUUAAAGAACGUGUCCUCUUCAUUCACCGGGAAGUAUGAGUGUAGCUUUACUCUGUUUCCAGAGGGUGUUCGGACUAAAAUCUACAACCUGCUCAUUCAGACAAAUGCUACACAGGAUGAACGGAGAAGCAGCCAUUUAAUAGAAGUACAGAUAAAUCAGACUCUGGAAAUACCAUGCUUUCAAAAUAUCUCCUCAGAAAUUUCGUCUGAGUUCACCUUUGCAUGGUUGGUGGAAGAUAACGGAACUCAGGAAGCAUGUAUCACCCAAGGUCACUCCAUCAGCAAUUCCACACUAUUUAAAGACAGAGUCAAGCUAGGUACAGACUAUAAACUCUACCUCUCUCCAAUCCAAAUCCACGAUGAUGGCCGGAAGUUCUCCUGCCACGUUAUGGUCAGACCUGGUAAAACCUUGAGGAGCUCCACCACAGUCAAGGUUUUUGCUAAGCCAGAAAUCCCCAUGAUUAUGGAAAAUAACUCUACGGAUGUCUUGGGAGAGAGAACAUUUACCUGCUCCCUGAGGAAUGUAUUUCCCACAGCAAAUCUCACGUGGUUUAUAGAAGGAGGCUUUCCUCAAGGUGAAAAAGAAGAAAUAUACAUUACUAAUGAAGAGAGAAAAGACAAAAGUGGAUUUUGGGAGCUGAAGUCUGUUUUGACAAGGGUGUAUGGUAAUAAGCCAGCCCAACCAAACAACCUGACCAUCUGGUGCAUGGCUAUGUCUCCAGUCCCUGGAAACAAAGUGUGGAAUAUCUCGUCUGAAAAGAUCACUUUUUCCUUGGGCUCCAUGAAACCUCCGACAGACUCUCCGCUUAAUGUUGUCACACGUACCCUUGGCACCCGAACUUCUCCAGCCAACAGAGUAUCUCCUACAAGGUAUCCAGCUACCUCAUCAACAACCCUUGGAGACGUGGGUACAUCGACUCCAAAUACCAUCCCUCAAGCCAGCAAUUCCAAUGCGACUACCCAAGGCUUCAACUACUGGACCUCGAGCGGGAAAGAUACCAAAAACUGUACACGUGACUCAGCUCCACGGAUGCCCAGUGAAACAGACAGUUCAUCCCCCUCAGGUGUAGGCUCAACAAUUCAAGGUGAUGUCUUCACCAGCACAACCAGAACAUCUUCAGAAGUUCCCACAACUGCCAGAUCUACUAACAGCAGUCACAUCCAUAUCACUGGUAUCGUGGUUAAUAAACCUAAAGACGGAAUGUCCUCAGUGAUCGUAGCAGCCUUGCUCUCUUUCUGCAUGGCAUUGUUCGGUCUUGGAGUGAGAAAAUGGUGUCAAUACCAGAAAGAAAUCAUGGAAAGACCCCCGCCUUUCAAGCCACCUCCACCCCCCAUCAAGUACACUUGCAUUCAAGAGUCCAUUGGAAGUGAUCUGCCUUGUCAUGAGAUGGAGACACUCUAGUCCCUUGAGAUUUUGCCAUAGAGAACUCGGCUAGAAUCCUGCAAGAAGGUGGACAUUGUGCUUAUUAAUAUAAUUGCCCUCGAGCCACGCCUGUACUGCAGCUGAAGUGGAUGUCAGAAGUGAUAGACCUGUUUUCCCAGCAACCCACCUCUUUCAUCAGCACAUUGCCUGAAAUUGAGCUAGAGUGAGAGGUUAUGUCACACCAUACCAAUGCAAUCUGCAGAGAUUUUCUUGUUUAUGUAAGAAGUGCAAAUCAGACUGCUGUUGUUAAAAAGUACUUGCAGUGUUUUUAUUUUCAUUUUCGUUCUCUGACUGAGGUGACGACAAUGGUUUUCAAGCAUAUGUCCAUGCCAGACCUCUUCUUUUUGGAUAUCUGCCACCAUGCUGAGCUAUUUACCAAAAGUGUGAUAAUCUCUGAGGUUUGUUGCAUUUCCUAAGAAAAAUUGCAAACAGAAGAAAAUGUGCAAGUUCUAGCAAGAGUUCCAAAUAAUUGCAAGUUGUCUUUGUACUGAAAAUAUUUUGCUUGUGGAGGAAAACAGAAUACCUUGCACAAGAACACCAGUCCCAACCCACUUCCUCCCACCAUGUUCCACCCAGCCUUCUGCCCCAUGGGAUGAGGAAGGAUCCAAGGGAAAAUUAGCUAAUGACCAAGUAGCCUAGUAGACACAGGUAGCACUUCACUUGCCUCUAAAAUGAUCUGCACUAACAAUGGUCUCAUCCUUAGCUUUAUCUGUAGUGUGUGUGUGUGUGUGCAUCUAUUAGACUAUUACAAAACUGUUGUGUGAGUAAACAGGUAGCUAACCCCAAACCAAAUCCUGUAAUUCCUGUUCUCUUUUUCAUCUGGGGACUCUCCCGUCAUCCAAUCUAUACAUUUUGAUCUGUCUUGAAAUAAAUACAGGUUCAAAUCAGA